AUGUCCUACGGUGGGGUGAAAAUCUUGCCGACGAAUAUGAUGCGUCGGCGUCAGGCGAACGAGGAGAACGCCGAUAUCGCGACGACGGCGGAUCGCUUUCGAGAUCGCUUCGAAAAAGCCGCGGUGGCGGAUCGCAAGGCGGCGGCCACGACGAUGGUGAACGAAUACUACGACAUGGUGACGGACAUCUACGAAUACGGCUGGGGCCAGAGCUUCCACUUCGCCCCUUGCUAUGCCCAUGAAACCUUCUACGAAUCCAUCAUCCGCCAUGAGUUUUAUUUGGCCCUUCGCGGGGGUUUUAAGGAAGGGGAUCAAAUCCUGGACGUCGGCUGCGGGGUCGGGGGGCCCGCGCGGAAUAUGGUGCGGCUGGCGCACUGCCAUAUCACCGGGAUCAACAACAACGCCUACCAAAUCAGCCGGGCCCGCGCCCACGACGCGGCCUUCGGGAUGACGGGCCAUAUUAAUUACGUCAAGGCAGACUUCUGCCAGAUCGCCUUCCCCGACAAUUCCUUCGACGGGGCCUACGCGAUCGAGGCGACCUGCCACGCCAAGGAGAAGCUCGAGUGCUACCGCGAGAUCUACCGCCUGAUCAAGCCCGGCGGCCGCUUUGUUGUGUAUGAAUGGUGCAUUACCGAUCAAUACGACCCCGCCAACCCUCGCCAUCGCGAGAUUAAACAUUACAUCGAGCUCGGGGAUAGUUUGCCCGACCUGGAGUCGACCCAGCAGGCCCUGGCGGCGAUGCGCGCCGCGGGCUUCGUCGUCGAGGACUCCUGCGACCUCGCCGAGAAGUUCGCGAAGAGCCCGGUGAAGAACGUGGUGUGGUACGACGUCCUCAAAGGCGAUUAUUCCACCAUGCGGGGCUUCCGAUCGACCGCGAUCGGGCGCUUUCUCACCGCGGCGAUGUGCCGCGUGAUGGAGUUUGUAGGGCUCGCCCCGAAGGGCGUCUGCAAGACGCUGUCGAUCCUCGAAAAGGCCUCGGUGAACCUCGUCGAGGGGGGCGAAAAGGGCAUCUUCACCCCGUGCUUCUUCAUGUGCGGCCGAAAGCCCAUAGACAAGAAAACCGAAUAG